AUGAAGCAAAGUGUACCCACAGACGAGCGGGCAAGUGGAGCGAGGAAUCAGGCUGCUAAUGUUGUUGUUACAGAAGUAUUAGUGACAUAUCGCCGUGGCCUGCCUGUGAUAACGGUGCCUCUGCCGUCAAGACGUGAACGUUGUAGGUUUACAUUAAGACCGGUGUCGCAGACCGUGGGGGAUCUCUUAGAACAGGUUAAAGCCGAAGACCGUGGUGUUGAGCGCGCGGUUGCUUUGGCAGCGGAUGAACGCGUGAGGAUUGCAGCCAGUGACACCGUUGAGUCAUUACUGGAAAAUGACUUUAGGCUCCUUAUAAAUGACACUGAAUACUACGUCAAGAGUCCACCACAAGAACGCCUUAGCACCGAAGAGAUAACUCGUCUAAGCGAUGUUCGUAAUCUCGUCAACCAGUUAUACGAGGCUCUGAACGUUCGUGAACAUCAGAUCAGAAAAGAACGUGAACUGAGGGCCCAGCUGGAGAAACUAACGGCUGAGCUGCAACCUUUAGAAGAGAAACGCAUGACGUUAGAGCAUGAGACAGCUCGCUCGACAUCAGCCCUCACAUGGGUGGGUUUGGGUCUCAUGGGGGUUCAGUUUGGGGUUCUGGCCCGUCUCACCUGGUGGGAAUACUCAUGGGACAUCAUGGAACCGGUCACGUACUUCGUGACUUAUGGUACGGCUAUGGCGGCGUACGCAUACUUCGUGCUAACGAAACAGGAGUACAUUCUACCUGAUGUCAAGGAUAGACAGCAUCUAAUCACCUUACACAAGAAGGCGAAAAAGAUUGGUCUCGACAUAAAUCAAUACAAUCAUCUUAAAGAUGAGGUUGACAAGUUACAAAAGGAUUUGGCGCGUUUGCGGGACCCCCUUCAGAUACAUCUGCCAGUGAACAGAAUGGACGAAAAACGCUCCCCGCUAACAAAGAUCAAGGAUAUGCUCGAAGAAACGACCAAAAAGAUGAAAAUAACGUAA